AUGCAGCGAGCAGACAGAAGAUGAGUGUCGUGUUGCGUGGUUGUUAGUUGUCUGUUGCGAUAACACGCAUUAAUUGAAACGUUAGUUGUCAACUUAACAAUUGGUUUCUUAGCACUAGUGGUUUGCCUCACAUUACUGUACUAAGAUCUCGCAUUUGAGUGUGCUGUGUUUUUGUUUGAAGAUGCAACGCUUGAGCCAUCUUCAACUAUUUUGCUGAAAUGUUUCAUUAAAAGCAAUAGUGGAGCGAAAAUGUGUAAAAACCGAUAUUACAUACGAAAUGCUUCCAAGCUUCUAACUUUUACUUGGGCACAGUGAAAGUAUGUUUCCAACACAAUGUAUUUCUCAGUUUUCUGGUUGAUGUUGAUUGUGGUUUGGGAGAGCAUGGCCUUUCAGGAAUCCAAAGCUGUCACAGAUGUGAUGGAUCAGCACGAUGGCCAUAUGCUUGAACAGACAUCCAGCAUGAGUAAGGGCAAGGGUCUUACCAGCCGUGCUUCCCCUAUGAUUUCCAAGCAUGAAGAAAUGAUCUACCAAAAAUUUGAUACAGCAGAAUACAAACCAAGCAUGGAAAUUUUAGCUGUUGGAUUUCAGUAUAAUAAUGAAACUACGACGCUCCGUGUGUCUGUCUAUGUCGGUAUUCCGGAAAUCAACGGUGAAACCUACAGCGCGCCCCCAUUUAGAAAGCAAUCCUUAUCCACCGCAUCGCCUCAGUCGAAUCCAAUGACGGAGAAGUUCACCAAUUUCGAAUUUUAUUUGACAGCUUUACCGAACGGAAUUUCAUCGGAACCACCUACAACCUGUUUAAAUGACAAUUUUUUACAACAUUCAAGUCGAAAUGUUAUGGUCGGCUGCCCUCGUACUAAGGGCUCGUCACGGUAUGACAAACACAAUAUCGAUGACAAUCACACUUCCUGCGUCGGCAGAGACGUGAGGAAUUUUACAGUUACCUUUAACCAUGUCUAUUCUGCAUACUAUUGCCUUCUGAUUCAACCUCAAGUGAAUAGGCAUACGCGCAGAACGUUCACUCGCAUGUUACACUAUGAAACGAAUAGAAGCCAAACAUCAGCUGACAUAACCAGAUGGCAGACCACGAUAGACUUGCAGCCAAUGCCUAGCAGUCAAGGCAUUUCGGUGGCCUUUACGUUACCUAAUUCUACCUACCAAAUAAUGAGUGGCCAACUCCGAGUGUAUUUGAUGCAAAUGUCUGGCGAAAGAUGCAACGACAGCAAACUAGUCCAAAGCGUUUGGUCAGAAAUCCUGAAAAUGGAACCUGAAAAACAAUUUGCAGAAAUGGCUUUUUUCGGAAAGCCUCCUGGUAUUUACUGCGUUGUCGUGGAGCCAAUAGAUGAAAGGUGCAAUGGUAAUAACUUCUGGAAAGUCAAAGGAGGAACGUGCCGCCGGCACUCUGCAAAAGCCGUGAAGCUCCAAGCUUCGCCAUCACACAUAGAAAGCAACGGAAAUAACAAGCCGUUGGUCAUCGUUAGAACACCAACAACUGACGUCUGGGCCAACUUCUACAUUAUCUGUGCUUUCGCCCUCGGUCUAGUACUCAUCUCUUUGCUCGGUAUAAUGUUAUUUUAUCGCCAUCGCCACAAAAAGCGCCUCCGGCAACGUCGCCAACAGUAUCUUGCUGGGUGGGAACCGAGCACGGAUGUUUCGCGGGCCCAGUCAAACAUCUCUGAUGUCACCAGCAUGAAGAAGUUGUUGAAUGAACAACGGAAUGAUAUUAGCAACGACUGCGAUCAUAUUCUUAACAAUGGAAUAGUCGAAAAUAUAUUGUGUACUCAUUUCUCCGUUUUGCUGCUAUAUCGCCGAGACGAUGCUCAAGUGUCUCAACGUGCAACUGACCUUCGAAAACGACUGCAAUCCGAAUGCGGAGACAAAGUGAAGGUGUACGAUUAUGGAGAUGAAAGCCAAUGGGAAGAAAUGUCCAUCGAAGGACUGGAUUGGCUGCCAAAUCGUAUCUAUGGAAAUCAAGAGACCAAUGGUUGUUUCAACCGAAUUGUUGUCAUCCAUAGUCCAUUGCAACCGAAAAUCAGAAAAGAAAAAAAACAAGAAAAUGACGGGGAUAUGGAAUGCUUAAACCCGUUAAUUAUUGAGCAGUUGCCUGAGGCGAUGGUCCAUUGCCAAAGAAAUGGUCAUCUUUGCUCUACGACUGAUCACGAAUUUCUCUACGGUAUGCAACUCUUGAAGGGCUGCAUACGUGAAUCUGGUGACAGUUGUGUAAAUGUAGAGAAACAGCAGCGUGGCCAACAGUCUGCAAGUCCUUACAGACGUGUCUUUAAUGUCCGGUACACGGACAUGAUAGACAACCAGUUAUCUGAAACUGAAAAUCAAAAUAUUGCAUAUCCUGAUCUUACGGUGGCACCGUUUACUUGUUACCUUUUACCUGGGCAUUUCAAUCAACUCUUACAGCACUUAACCUCAACGCAAUAACGAUAUUUACCCACAAAUCAAACUGGAAACGGAAAAUUCCAACCCGUUUGUUCUCAGCUAGUGGUAUACUCGAUGAAUCUCUGGUCAAUUUGUGUUUGUCAUUAUGAGCAAGUCUUAUCGUCGUUGCGAUACCCCAAUGUCAAUUUUGGUUUGAUCUGCUUCGUUUUGGUUAUUUCUAGUAUGCUCGACUUUCGUCCAUUUUUGAUGGUAAUUUUUUCAAGAGAAAUGUGCUUUCGUUUUAUUUCGGA